GCGGGAGUGUACCUCGGUAUAUUGUAUGAUCGUGUAUUGUUUUUCGUUUCGUUCGACUGCACGCCGACCGCGUAUAGAAAACAGAAGAGCUGCUACCGACCACGGCCAACCAAGAUGACACCGAUGUGAACCGAUCGAGGAGCAUUCAAUUUUUGUAUAUAGCUUGUGAUAUUAGUUUGUAAGAACACAUCAACCCGGAAUUGUUGAAGUUAAAUGGAAUACUGCCGACAGUAUGAACAAAAUACACUCGGGAGUCUUGGCGCUAGUUUUGGGCAUUUUUCUUAUACAGGCCGCUGAUCCGCCGUUCGAAAGGAAUACGGGCACCUUUUUGGAAUUCACCACCGCCAAAUAUCUGCCAUUUUCAGGUUCGCGACAAACCGACUCGACUCCUUUAUUGAUCAAAAUAGAUGAUCAACCCAGCUUGCAGUUUAACAAUACGAAUAACGAAUCUAGUCGCAAUGAAUUAGGUAACUCGAACGUUGAGUUGGAGCACUUUUACAAUUACCUAAUUAAAAUACACAACGAGACGAAACAAUUCAAAGAUGUAGUGCCUGUGACAAAGGAGAGUGUGCGGAAGGACGAGGUUAUCAAUAGGUUCCUAAAUAAAAAGGAUAAAUCCCAGCACGAGAAACGUUUGGAAACCGAUUUUGUAAGACCACUGUUAAAAUUGUACGAAAAAGAGUUACAUGAGCAACCUUACGUAAGUGGAAACUCCACUGAUUCACCUCGGAUAUCCAAGGAGGAUUAUGUGGAAGAGUUUAAAGUGUUAUCAAAGGAAGACCUCGAUAUGUUGAUACAUGGUGGUCAGAAAUACCAACAAAAUGAACAAUACGUUGACCAAAAGAUACGAAGAGAUGAUGACAGUUUGGAGAGUAACGAAAACGAACACAUUGGCGAAAUUCUACCGCCAGACUACAAAAAAGAAACCACCAGAUUUGCUAGAAGGCAGUUAUACCAACAACCCUUGGUGAGGUUCAGAUUGCCCAACUACAGGCAGAGAAAAUCAUACGAUUACGAAGAGGGUUUCAAACCUGUCGGUCCAUUCGGAGAACCCCCAGAUUACUCCAGACUUAGGCAACCUGUUAAUUUCCCUGGCGAAAGAUUUAGACUCGAAUAUGAACCAUCUUCCCCGUCCGGUGGAGAUGCCAACUUUCGGCUAGACCCCACAGCCUCCGGUGACGACCCUCGUUCGUCGUACUCGCGACCCCCCAGAUUGACCCUACCUCCGAACGAAAUCCCGGGGUACAAAGUCCCGCGCAGAUUCCGCGGCUAUCAGACUUUUCCGGACAACUUUCCCACCGGGAGGGAACAAUUUUUCGAUCCGGCUCGCUAUCAAGCGGGCUGGACCAGUUCGCGUCGACCGCGGGUUAUUUUCCCGACGGAUCUAGUGGCUUUUAGGGACCCCGUGCAAAAUAACGCCGAGGAGACCGACUGGUUGCAGGGUGACAAUAACUUGCAGGAUAUACAGCAGGACGGUGACUCACGAGAAAGAGGUUGUGGUAUAUCUACUCCAAGACAGCAAGCCCAGAGACGCAUAGUGGGCGGUGAAGAAGCUGGCUUUGGAACAUUCCCCUGGCAAGCAUAUAUUAGAAUAGGAUCAUCUAGGUGCGGCGGGUCGCUGGUCAGCAGGCGUCAUGUAGUCACAGCCGGGCAUUGCGUUGCCAGGGCGACCCCUAGACAAGUGCAUGUCACCCUAGGAGAUUACGUAAUCAAUUCUGCAGUGGAGCCCCUGCCUGCAUACACUUUCGGAGUGUCGACUAUCCAGGUGCACCCGUUCUUCAAGUUCACCCCGCAAGCCGACCGCUUCGACGUCGCAGUCCUCCGCCUGGACCGCACCGCCCACAACCUGCCCCACAUCACGCCCAUCUGCCUGCCCCCGCGCGGCGAGGCCUUCCUGGGCGAGGUGGGCACGGCGGCGGGCUGGGGGGCCCUCAGCCCGGGCUCCCGGCUGCGCCCGCAGACCCUCCAAGCCGUCCAAGUGCCCGUCAUCGACAACAGGGUGUGCGAACGUUGGCACCGGUCCAAAGGCAUCGGAGUGACUAUUUACGACGAGAUGAUGUGCGCGGGUUACAAAAACGGCGGCAGGGACAGUUGCCAGGGGGACUCGGGGGGCCCCCUCAUGCUCCAAAAAUCGAACAGGUGGUUUUUGAUUGGGAUCGUGUCGGCUGGGUACUCCUGCGCCCAGCCGGGGCAACCUGGGAUCUAUCAUCGCGUCGCCCAUACGGUCGAUUGGAUCAACAGAGCCAUAGGGUCGUAGAAGUUGUAGGGUUUUUAAUGAAUUUGCGCGAUUGUGUCUAAAAAUCAUUUUAUCAUAUAACAUUCCUAUUAUAAAAU